GCUUUGGAUUCUGACGGAGGGAGAGAGACUCAAUUAACUGCUCCAAUUAACGAGUCUCAUCUGGAGUCUGCACUGUGUGUGUGUGUCUGUGUGUGUGUGUGUGUGUGUGUGUGUGUGGUUCAUCACAACGUGCUGCUGUACAACCCUGGACAAGACCCGUGGAUCAUCAUCAUCAUCAUCAUCAUCAUCGUCAACGUCUGGAGACAUCAGCUGGGUGUGAGUCGACAGCCGGCGGAGGACCUGCGGACCCCGGACUCCGGACAGACGAUGUCGGACGGCGGCGGUUGCGAGUUCGAAAUCGACGUGGAGAGUCUGGAGACGGAGGGCGACGAGCCGGCGGACGCGGCCUGCAGCCGGCCCGGCUCGGCGCCCCUCGGCGCCGCCGCCGCCUCGGAGGACGACGCGGACGCGGACGCGGACAGCGGCGGCAAGCCGGGUCCCGGCGGCGGCGCCGGCGGAGGAGGAGGAGGUCCGUGCGCGGGGGACCAGCGCAAGCUGAGCCGCACACCCAAGUGCGCGCGCUGCCGCAACCACGGCGUCGUGUCGUGCCUGAAGGGCCACAAGCGCUUCUGCCGCUGGAGGGACUGUCAGUGCGCCAACUGCCUGCUGGUGGUGGAGCGGCAGCGCGUAAUGGCGGCGCAGGUGGCGCUGAGGCGGCAGCAGGCCACGGAGGAUAAGAAAGGCAUAUCCGGGAAACAAAUUCCAGCGGAGAGGAGGACGAUAUACCAGCGGCACAUUCGUCCGUCCACCAUGCUCGCCAAGAGCAUCCUGGAAGGAUACCGCCCGGCGUCGUCCGAUCCGUUCCUGGCCGCCAACGCGUCGCUCCCCCCUCCCCUGAGCGACCGCAUGAGGAAGAGGCGAGCGUUCGCCGACAAGGAGCUGGAAUCCAUCAUGCUCGAGCGGGAGUACAAGGAGCGCGAGCUGAUGGAGAGCAGCCAGGCGGCGUCGCUCAUCUUCCCGAACAGCAUGGUCCACCACGCCGCCGAGUACAACUCCUACAAGACGGCGUACUCGCCCGCGGCGGCCCAGGCCGAGCCGCAGCCCAAAGAGCUGUGCGGCUUCAUGGGCCCCGGCUGCGUGGACCUGUCCAUGCCGUAUGCCGGCGGCUCGGCCAACGUGGAGCUCAUCUCGUCCAACGUCAGCGUGGCCACGACGUACCGCCACUACCCGCCGGCGCCGCCGCCGCGCGGGGCCGGCUUCAUGAUGUGGCCCCGCGGCGCGGCCAACCUGGGCGACGCCCUGCUCUACCAGCAGUGCCUGUUCAACGCCACGGCGGUGCAGAACAUGAAGCCCGGCGCCGUGUGGGAGCCCAAGGCCACGCCCGCCGAGAGCCAGCCGCCCGAGCAGGAGGCUCUCGCCGCUAAGCUGGAAGGAUCCCGGGCGGCCGGGCUGCAGGACUCAUCCAACCCCCCGCAGGCCGAUCCCAAAGCGGCCGGCGUCGCCCACGGAGGGCAGCGGGAGUGCUCGGCCUUCUCUCCCCCCAGGAGGAGCUUUGGGCAGCCCUUCCCGAGCAACUCCCACUCGCAGAACUCCAUGCACGUCUUGAACAAGCUGAGCAAGGACAGCGCUAAGCUCUCCAUGAAACUCAACUCCUUCCACUCCCUCAUCCAGCACUCGCUGCAUGAAAAGAACGGCGGCGGCGGCGGCGGCGGCGUGCCGGAGCUCAGGCCCCCGUACUGCAAGGAGCUGCUGGAGGAGGCCGCCCGCAAGUUCCGGGACGGCUCGGCCAAGGACAUUCAGGCCGUGAAAUUGGCCGACAGGUACGCCAAAGACUUUCUGUCCAAGCCCCUGGGGACCAAGAUGGCGUCCGGCGAGUCGUUGUCCUUCUCCGUGGAAGCCAUACUGAAAAGACCCACGCCCGCCAUGAGUCGAGCGUUCCACUGAACGGCAGGUUAGUCUCAGUUAGAGGGCGAACGACUUACAGGACAAAGGCACUGCGUCAGAGAACAACAGCUGGAGAUUAUUAUUCCCCCCCUCGAUUCAAUAUUUAUGUACAGUAUAUUAUAUUUUACAUGUGCAUGUUUGAUAACUUUAUCCUGUAGAGUAUUUAAACAGCGUACCAAUGUUUUCCUCAUGUCAAUAAACUUUAUAAGACCAAAA